AUGGGCUGUUGCUCUACAAAGUCAAAAUCAAACAAAAAACUAUCCCAAGAAUUCGUUAAGCGGAAAACAAGGAAGGAAUACGUUAUAAAACAAAGCAAUUUUGUUGUGCUGAUUCAUAAAAAAAUUACUGAAGACUAUGAACUAUUGUCCACGAUAGGGCAUAUACUGUUAAAUGCUGGUGAUGAGCAGCCUGUCAUCCCCGUGGUGGAUGCCCUUUUGCAUAUCCACACGUGGUUUUUUAGUGCAAGGAGCUGCCAUGGGGUUAGGCUAGCAUUGAAGCGAGAUUCCCUGAUUAGUGGCCUGGCUCGAGCAGCAGCUUUUUGCAUCUUUUUUAUCAGCAGAACCUAGACCAGUUUGGGUGUUCUUAGAGGCAGGGCGACUUACAUCCCUAGGAUACUUAGUGGCCUGUUCCAAAUGGCAUAAGCGAUUAAGUUUUUCCUUUGGGACUAAUCCAGAGGAAGAAGGAAAGACAAGCUCCACAGAUCUCUAGGGCUACACUUUCUCCAUUUGAAAUUUUUCUCAAGAAAGGGGCAGCCUGACCAUUGCUGUUAUGGAAUUGGAAAUGGUGCUACCUGCAAGAGUCGUUUGACUUGGGCCAAAGGGGAAGGCACUACUGAGAAGCCAAGGUUUCAGCCUAGGCUUCGAAAGUCUUGCGGAUAGCUACCCCACGGAGUUCGCCGUGCAACCCACGGUGCUCAUGAUGUAGGACUUUAAAUUGCAUCUCGGCCCACGCUAGGACAAGGCGGGUUUGGCGAAGUAAAACUAGGCAAGAAUAAAACGACCAACCAAGAAAGGGCAAUAAAGACUAUUCUUUUAGAGUCUUCUAAAUCUACGAAUAUUGAAAAAUUAAUAGAAGAAGUAAAUAUACUGAAGAAAUUAGAUCACCCUAACAUUGUCAAAGUUUUUGAGGUGUACCAAGAUGACUUGUAUUUGAAUAUUGUUAUGGAGCUGUGCACUGGAAGAGAACUCUUUAAUAAAAUAAGGAAAAGCAGGUCUUUUUCAGAAAAUCAGGCUGCAAAAUAUAUGUUUGAAAUAGUUUCAGCUGUAAAAUAUUGCCAUGCUUCUGGAAUUGUGCACAGAGAUUUGAAGCCAGAAAAUAUUUUAUUGGAAAAUAAGCUGAGCUAAGGUGAAUUUUAUAGAUUUUUAAUAUUUUACAAUAGGAAUAUAGCUUAUUAGCAUUGCAUGCAUAUUUAUGUAAUUUUUAUUAAAAGUCCUGAUGCAAAACUUAAGCUCAUUGACUUUGGAACUUCUCACUUUUUGAAGCCUCACUCAAAACUUUCAAAAAUGAUUGGAACUUCCUAUUAUAUGGCCCCAGAAGUCAUUUCUGGUAGCUAUGACAUGCAAUGUGACGUAUGAAGCCUUGGAAUUAUCCUCUACAUCAUGCUAUCCGGCCUACCUCCAUUUUACGCCAAAGACGAAAAAUCACUAUAUAAGAAAAUCCGCAACAAACCAGUUUCUUUCAAAAAACCAGUUUGAAGUAACGUUUCAAAAGAAGCCAAAGAGCUGAUAAGGUGGAUGCUUAACAAAUCUCCUGCGUAUCGUCCUAAAAUCACAGAUAUCUUGGAUCACGAAUGAAUAAAAACAAGAAUGAAUAAUUCAGUCCCAGACAUCUCAUUAGCCAGUGAGUCUUUAUCUAAUUUAAAAUUAUUCAACGGAUAUCUCAAAAGCUCAUGGGAUAAAUUACAGUCAUUUUUAUAGAAAAUAUUACAUUUUUAUUGGUCCUUCAACGUCCACAACAAACUACAAAAAGCCACGAUGACUUUUAUAGUGUCACAAAUAGCGACGAAUACAGAGCUAAGAGUUUUAAGAGAAGUUUUUUUAGCUCUGGAUGUCAAUAAAGAUGGAACCCUGUCUAAAGGAGAGCUUAUCAAUGGGCUAUCUAAAUUUAUUCUUUAUUUAAUAAAUAAUGCAGGGUUAUUUUAAGUGCUGAAAAUAUAUAUAUUUAUUCGCUUAAGAAUAGCCAAACCGAAAGCAUGAACGCUAAUGAGUUGAUGCAAAAGUGCGAUAUUGACCAAAAUGGUUUAAUAAGCUAUACAGAAUUCCUGACUGCAGCUACUAAUUGGAAAACUGCUUUAAAUAAAGAUAAAUUAUAUAAAGCGUUUCAAGCUUUUGAUAUGGACAGGAAUGGGAAAAUUUCAUUGGAAGAGCUGUGACAGAGGCUAGGAGGAGAUGAGUAUAAUUAUGGGGAUUUUACCAAAAUGCUGAAAGCUGCUGAUGUGAAUGGAGAUGGUGAAAUAGAUUUUGAAGAGUUUACUGGAGUCAUGAUACGGCAACUUGAGAGCGAUGAAGAGGAGCCGAAUCAGAUUUAG